AUGCCGUUCCCCGUGCGCCUCCCGCCGCCAUCAACCACCGCGGCCGUGGCCGCUGCCACCGUCGGGGCCGUACUCGCCGCCGUCGCGCUCCGCCGCUACCUGUCCGCUUCCCGCCACCACCCACCCGCCGGCUUGUCCAUGUCCGCGGCCGCCGGAGCAGCCACCACGCUCGUGGCGUACGGCAAGUCAGCCCAGGAGCAGGAGCUGCUGGCCUCCGCUGCCAGUUCCGUCGCCCUAGGGGAGGGCGAGCCGGUCGGUGAGGUCGCUGUCGCGCUCGCCUACGACGGCGCGGGCUUCGACGCCGCCGCGUACAUGAGCGCACUCCGGGCGCGCCGGUUCGGGAGGUGGAUGCUCUGGACGCCCAGGAUUGGUUCCACGCAGGAUCUCAUCGCGUGGAACUUUGCAAAGCUACCGGUGGGCGUUGUGUGCGUUGCCGACGUGCAGUUCAAAGGGAGAGGCCGUUCAAAGAAUGUGUGGGAAUCGCCACCAGGCUGUCUCAUGUUCUCUUUCACAUCACAGAUGCAGGAUGCACGGAAGUUGCCCCUUAUGCAAUAUGUUGUUUGCCUUUCUAUUACCGAAGCUAUCAAGGAGCUAUGCCGUGCCAAGGGACUACCGGAACUUGAUGUGAGGAUAAAGUGGCCUAAUGAUCUCUAUCUGAAAGGAUUAAAAGUUGGUGGCAUUCUAUGUACCUCAUCUUAUGAACCCAAAGUCUACAAUAUUUGUACCGGUGUUGGUUUAAAUGUUGACAAUGCGAAGCCUACCACAUGCUUGAAUGCUGCACUUCAAGAGGCAAAUCCUACGUCACCCAUAUUGAAACGAGAAGACAUACUGGCAUACUUCUUCAAUAAAUUCGAAAAUCUAUUCGAGAUCUUCUUGAACCAAGGAUUUCAGGCUCUUGAGGAGCAAUACUAUAACUCAUGGCUUCAUAGUGGCCAGAGAGUUGUCGUACAAGAUGCACAUGAAAGCAAGUCAGGCAGUGUCGUCACCAUCCAGGGGUUAACACCAACUGGGUACUUAUACGCUAUUGGCGAAGAUAACAAAAGCUAUGAGUUACACCCAGAUGGCAACAGCUUUGAUUUCUUCACUGGUUUGGUGAGGAGAAAGAUGGAAGCUUAG